AUGCCUUCGCAGGCUCCUUUGGGGGGCUGGGAACAGGCCACGAAGUGGCUUUCGCAACAUGGGGGGACUGCUUUGUUUAGCCGCCACGUUGCAGUUGACUCGAACGAGGAUGUCAUGCACCUGUGGGAAUGCCAGCAUGCUGUGAAGGCCCUCUCGGCUCCGCUACCAUAUUCACAACCAUGGAUCUCCGCUGACUUUGUGGGCAUCCUGUCAUCGAUUGCGGAAAAUAGCAUUUUGACGGUGUGCCAAGGACAAGUGAAUUUGCUGGAGACUAUGAGUCCGCCCUGCCAGCCAUGGUCGAAAGCUGGAAAGAGACAAGGACUGUCUUGCGAGAAUGGCUGGGCCUUCAUCAGUGGGCUGACGCACGCAUUUAAGCUGCAGGCAUGUAUAGUCACCGCUGAGUGUGCGGAUGAAAUCAUCCACCACCACCAUUUUGAGACGCUCCAGCAUGUGGCGAAGUUGCUUGGUUAUCGUUUGGUGUGGUCACAAGUCACGCCGCUUCACCACAUCUCGCCUAUGAUGAGGACGAGGUGGUUAGCCACGUGGAUCCGUGUUGACAUUAGUGCUAAGUACUACGAUGCCAAAGUCAACCCACAUGUCCUGCCGCGCCACAGGUGGUUCGAUCCUGAUUUUGACUUUCAGAUCCCGCCCAUCUGGGCUGAACAGCUUCUCCUCUCCGAGUCGGAAAAGUCAUUUUACGGUGAUGUGCGCUUCCUGCCACCUGCCAAGAAAGGUGCACUGAGUUCGAGCUCAGCCACGGCCUAUCAGGUGUUAUGCCCUAAAGAGAUCCUCUACGCCUUCAUGUUGGUCGGUGCCACUCAGACCAUGCAUCUGUCGCGCACAGCUCGUGAAGCCCGCAACAUUCAGGACAAAUGGACUCUUGUGAUCCAGGGCAUCACUUGUGGUGAGCUUGACUUCCAGAGCCAAAAGGAGCAGGUUUGGAUUUCGCCGACUUUGGAGCUUCAGGAACCACCGAAACCACCAACUGUUUUCGUUGCUGUUCUGCAGGCCGACUUUGACACAACCAUCAAGGCCCUUUUGGAUUUGGGCAUUUGGUCCGCUUUUGAGCAGCUCUCACUUAUGUGGUCCCCGUACCAGUGGAAUUUCGUUCUCUGUAUCCCUGACUUGGGUAUCUCCUUGGCGUGCACUGCUGACCCCUACCGGCGAAACCUCCUGUGUGCUGCUAUCCAGAGUUUGGCGUCUGUCAGCACUGAUUUCUGUGGGCAGCCUGGACUUUCUGAUGACGUCCUUGUGCUUUCGGUCACACCUCGGACCAUUGUUGCUGAUGCUCUGGCUCAAAACACCCUGUUUAUCAUGACGGCCAACAGUCCCUGUCUUUGGGCAUGCAAGAUGGGUCCUUCACAGGAUGCAUCCACUGUGUUUGUGGUUGGUGGGGCCAUACACAACAUCACACAGAUUGCUGGGCAAUGUACGACUCCGCCCUUGCAGCCACUCAACCAUGGCAUGCUGCUACACACGGCACCUUGCAGCAUCAAAGCAGGAGGGCACCAUCUCAGGCAUGGCAACCCUCCAACACUCCCUGCACAUGCCACUUUCACACAGCGAGCAGAGUUUGCCACCAACACUCACGGAUGGAUGGCUGCUGAUGAAAUGGCGUAUGUCACUCAGCUCCUGCAAUGGUCCACUACGGCCGGGCCGCAGUACUCACCACCAGUCUAUUGGGACAUCACCCAAUCUGAGUUUGAGGAGUCACCCUUUGGACCCAUGGCCAUACAAGAUCAUGGCACCACCUAUGUCCCCAUCUUGGUACCACAGCAUUUGCACACCAGGAUCAUUAUGAUCCUCGCCAGAUUCCUGGACAUUGCGCCACAUCGAAUGACGAUCAUUCACCACAGCUCCAACUGGACCCCACAUCUCUGUGGCUGGGAACUCGUCUACAGAUGGGCAGGUGAUCACCAAGUGCAGAACACCCUGGCGACCACGGACACACACAACCCCAUGUCCGAAAACUACCGGGACAUGAUCGACAUUGUGCUGCAAUCAGCAGUUGAAGACUGGAAUGAGGCUGGAGCGCAAGAUGGCCUUGCCCAGUUUGCCUUUCGACUCCGCAGAAAUUUCUUCCUUGCCCUUUCGAGGAGAACUUUGAACAGUGGCCAAAUUGCAAACCAGCGAACCCUGCACACAGCAUACCCUCCAGGCUACAGGCCACCGAUACAAGUCCCUCACCAGGACACACCAGAUGAAGACCAGAUCCAACUGCGGAUCAACACAAGGCUUCUGCACAUACAGCUCAAUGUCUCGUGGAUGCACUCUGACGAGAUUGACUUCAUCCUCGAGGGGCCGAGAUCUCUGAUACCGGACACACUCUUUUGCCCACCAGCAACAUGGAUCUCAAACAUUGAGACUCUCCAUUUCCUUGCAGCACCCACGCCAGUGUACGAGCCGUACAGACAUAUCCUGUGGAUCAUCGAGACUGAACAACAUUGGUUUCAAGCAGAGUGCUACAAGAUGCAGCAUCAAGCCACACUCUACAUCACGGCACCUGCCGCUUCUUUUGAAGCUCUGCAGCCACUCAUCCAGCAGCUUCGCACUGAGCUUGGCUACAAUGAGGCCAAUUUUGUCGCGCACACCAUGCAGCAAUACCACCCAGCUGGCAUGUGCGGGCACCAGCUCGUCUUCAACAUCUACAACAGACUUGGCAUCCAGCUACCAACACUGGCCGUCCAGCAAUAUGGGGAGCUGCAGGAAGGAAAACACUCAGCACCAAUCGGAUACAUCACCCAACAGGCAGUUGCACGGUGGCACGGGGCUAAUGAUUUCACUGGACCACAUGAGAUUACAGUUGAUGACCCGCUCACUGGCACGGCAUACAAAAGGUUCGCACUGCUUCAUGUGGCAGUUGGCAAAGCCACUUACCAGCUUGCCACUCCCAAGCUCAAGAUGACAACAUCCGCCAUCACUGAACUCGUCAUCGAAGCGGAUUCGAAAGAGCUCCUGGAGCUCUCCGGACGCACCUUUAUGCUCACCAGAGACUUCAUCGACCACAAGUAA